GGGGAUCAUCACCAGUUCAAUCACGGCGCCAGACCCGGCUUUUUGCCCGCGGUUGGGAGCAUCACUAUCUUAUCGCAACCAUCACAGUAUAUGAUAUCAGUUUUGUUCCAUUUAAUUGUAUGCUGUAGUCGCGCGCGCUUCCUCUCCCUCGCCUCGCCUCAGGCGCGAUGCCUUCGACACGGCCGCCAAACGCGCAGUCGCCCAUCGUCGAUGUCGACGGCGCCCUUGAUAACAUCGACACCAUUCGCAUCCCCGAACCCCACGGUACAUAUUUACAAACACGCGGAGCUCGCGCAGCUCGUCGAAUAUACAAAGCUAUGGGUGUCUGGCCAUGGGACAUUGUUCCCGAAGCACCUCCUAAGAUGUGGGCCAUUAAUCUGCUAGAGGAUCUCGCUCUUGUCGCAGACCAUGUUGCCAGAAAUCCAGGUGAUACGCUGCAAGACCUUCAAUCAGAGCUUCGGAAGUCUCUAGCGCGCGAUCGCAAACCUUCUUAUGCUGGAAAAUUGAUGGCGCAGGAUGUUCACGCUGCAAAGAAGCGAUUCGUUCGAACAAUGCCUCAAUCCCCUGAUGCUCAAGACGACACUGGUGACGAUGUUGGUACUGCCGAGCGACGAUCCGGACGACGGCGAAGAACCGCAAACUAUAGCGCUCCAGACUCACCAAUUGACCCAUCGCGAUCGCGUCGAGAUACUUCUUCAGAGGAGAGCGAGGAGCACAUGGCCUCGUCUAUUACCGUCGCCUCAGAGUUUCCUCCAUCUCCCCCUGUACCUCGCAACAUCAAGCAUCUGAAACGGCCAGCCACAACAAUACCCACACCAAUGGAGAAGCGUGUCCGUCAUAGUUCGCCAGAAGGUUCGCGCCUGUCGGCUGCGCAGAGCCUUAUGAUGUUUAGCUCUCCGAUGGCUACGUUCCAAAUGGCCACAUCUUUCGGCCCAAAUGCAACUGCCAAUGCUACUCGUUCUCUCGAACCGAAUAAUCUUCAGGAAGCGUUAAAACCCGCCACUAAUGCCUUCGUCGCAGCAAUUGACGCACACGUCCGGACGAUACGUUCCUCGCUUGCCAUUGCUCAACAGGAAAUAUUUCCUCAUAGAUCCAGGUCCCAAGAAGCUAUGAGCAAACUUCGCGCCGCCCAACUGGGUGUACAAGCGAUCCAAGAUGACAUAGCUGAGUCGCAAGACAGGCUGCGACGACUUGUCGAAGAAUCUGUCGCCGAGGACGCCCUUGCGCCACAGCUCCAUGCACUCCAAGAAAACAACAUGUCUUUACCGCCGGAAAUCGCACAAGCAAUACGAAGCUAUGAGAGUCGCCGUGCAGCUAAGAGCGAAGAGAUAAAAACCCAAGAAUCAGCCAUCAAUGCUAAACGCGAUGAGCUAAAACGAGCGGCCGAGGAACUCGACAUAGCGGAGAAGAACUCGGGCGGCAUAGAAGCCGACAUUAGAGAUCUCCAAGCGGCCGUGACGCGUGGAACAGAAGCAGCCCGGUUCGCCAACAUGUUUAGCGUGAUGGUGCAGCUGGGACCGGAGGGAUUGGCGAACAUUGAACAGAUAUACCCAGAGAUUGGCUCUCUACUUGAGUCGCUGCUCGCGUCGAGGAAUAGCCCUUCGCAGCAGAACCAUAACAACAAUCAUCAUGUGCAUAAUGCGGUGGAUGGAGACGAGGCUAAUGGACUGUAGGGAUUGGGCACGAGACUAACGUUAGUAUAGCGAUUUGAGUAUUCCUUAUAUGGCGAGAAUAGAUUUCCGCAUUAUCUAAAAUUAAUUUGACGUUAGUACCAGUUGA